CUUUAUUGUGCGGCAGUGUGUCAAGGCAAACCGAACCGAUUACAGGAUAAGGCGCCGAACUGUGAUUUGAUUGAUUAAAAAUUAAUUUGCUGUCUAGGUUGAGUGUCAAUGGUGGUGGUGAUAAUGCAGUGUGAAAGUUACUCAUGCUAAUAUGAUUAACGAUUUGGAAAAUUAGUGAAUAUUAGAGUAACUGCCUGCUAGCCUGAGGAAAUUCACGGCUCGCUUGUUACAAUAUGUUUUCCUUCAUCGGGGAAGAUCGGCGACAUAGCCGUGCUUUCAUUGCUUUCAUCGUUUAUAUCACUUUGUUUCUGGAUAAUAUGCUUCUAACGGUAAUUGUACCAAUCCUUCCUGAUUAUCUGGUUCACUUCUAUUCACAAUCGAAUACAUCGUUCACCAUCCCGAAAAGUGUGAUCUACAAGCACUUCGACCUGCACUACGUCCCGCAGCUGAUUGGAGCGACCACCGGCAAUGUAUCGCCGAAGAACUUCACCACCUCGGAGCAGCACGUUUCGUUCGAGUCCGAGAACGGAUCGAUUGGAAUUCUUCUGGCUGUGAAAGCCCUGGUCCAGCUAAUCUGUAAUCCCAUUGUAGGAAAUGUAUCCACUAAGCUUGGCUACAGCAUACCGAUAUCGUUCGGUACUUUAAAUCUGCUGCUAGCGUCCGUGAUCUUCGCUUUUGGACAGUCCUACGCAUCCCUGUUUGUGGCAAGAGCCAUCCACGGGGUAGGAUCUGCUUGUGUUUGCGUUUGUGGGAUGAGUUUGGUGGCCCAGCUCUAUACGGAACCAGACAAACGUUCGAAAAUUAUGGGAACCAUCUUGGGAAGCAUUGCCGUUGGAGUUCUGAUUGGAUAUCCCUUUGGAGGGAUAGCUUACGAUAUUGUUGGAAAGGCCGCACCCUUUCAAAUUCUCACAGUGCUGUGCUUUGUGGUCUUAUUGGUACAAUGUUUCUGUUUAGAUUUUUCGUUCCGCCAUCAAUCUUCAUCGGUGGUAGCGGAUGAGGGUCACUCUAAAUGGAUUCCUCUCCUAACGGACAGACUGAUUCUCGUAGUGAUCGGUGCCAUCUGGAUUUCAACAUCGGCCAUGUCCAUUCUGGAACCCUGUUUGCCUCUGUGGAUGAUAAGUGUGCUUCACCCGAAGAAAUGGCAACUUGGAACGGUAUUCAUUCCGGAUUCCAUCGGAUAUUGGAUUGGAACUAAUUUCUUCGGAGGGAUCGCCUACCGAUUUGGACAGAUAAAGAUUGCUAUACUAGCACUAACUUUGGUUGGUGUUUCCUGCGUUGUGAUCCCAUCGGCAACGUCUGUUUUUGCAUUACUACUGCCGCAUUUUGGUCUUGGAUUAGGAAUCGGCAUACUGGAUGCUGCUUUAGUCCCUCUGCUAGCGACUAUGGUUGACAGCCAAUGUGGAAGUGACAACGAAAGUGACAUAUGUGAAACAUCUCCAAACUAUGGAGCGGUGUACGCCAUCCAGCAGAUUGCAGUAAGCUUGGCAUACUCGCUGGCACCAAUUCUAGGAGGCGAACUGGUUCCGUUGAUUGGUUUUCCAUGGUUGAUGCGAGCCAUGGGGCUGCUAAAUCUCUUGUAUGGCCCACUCCUGGUGUAUUCGGGUAUUCGAGAGAGUGUUCGAUGCAUGCUGGAGAAACGUUCGGCAAUGCCUCUGACGUCGGUGGAAUUUGCCCACACGGAUGGAAGCUACAGACGGUUCUACAACGCUGUGGAAUAAGAUUCAAUCGUCAAUGAAGUGUGAAUGAUGGAGUUUCUUAUCGCAACGAAGCCAUGCGUGAUCAACCGGUUGGACAUAAAAUGUUGCUACUCGAUGUCAUAUGUUACUGGAUGUUGUGGCGAAGAAAUACUUGCGGCAGGUUAAUGUAAUAAAAGAAUGUUCGGGUUUGACAAA